AAUCACACUCACUUCCUACUCUCUCUCUCUCUCACACACACACACACACAUACGCACGGGGAGAGAGUGAUAGCGAGACAUUUCAACGAAGACUGGAUGGUUUGACAGCAGCUCUUUAUUUUGAGUAAACUCACAAUGAAAUGCCAGACGUUGCUACCGGCCUGUUUGCUGCUGCUCUGGAUGCUGACAGCACCUGCCAGGUGUCAAGGGGCUGGGGAUAAAAAGGAUAAAAUGGAAGUGAUAAAUAAAUCUGAUGGGAUAGAGAUAAAAUGUCCACCCGACUAUGAAAUAUACAGUACAGUAACUAACGACGGAGUUCCUGGCGCUAAGGUAACAUAUAAGGAUGACAACACAGGAGAGUACAUAUGUAAGGCAACUAAUAAUGGAGAUGAUGGAGCAAAAAUCUUCGUGAAAUUUCGGUCCUGUGACAACUGCAUAGAACUGGAUGUAUCUUCAGUAACGGGAAUAGUUGUAGGAAACGUGGUGGCUACAGCUGUCAUUGGAGUGGCUGUCUAUCUCGUUGCAUCUCAGGCUCGGGUUGCUUCAGGAGCUCCAGACACCUCUCACAAGAAAGGCUCUGACAGGCAGCACCUUGUUCCAAAUGAAAUGAACCACAGAGUCCCCAAUGACCAUUAUCAGCCCCUGAACCUCAAACAACAGAGGGACAUGUAUGAUGUACUUCACAGAAAAUAGAGGAGAUAGAGUUCCUCGCUGCCUGAGACCUCACCUCGUGUGUUCUUGUGACUCAGAUAUCUGCAGGGAGGAAAAGUCUGUUAUCUCUGAUUGGGGUCACACAUCCCCAGUGUAUGUUUCUCUGUAUGAUGGUGUUUUAGCUUCGGAUGUCCUAUUUUUUUUUCUGCCAUGCCUGUAAAAGGUUGCUCCUUGUAAAUCAGUCCCUAACAUGAGUGACAUGUUGUGCUGCUGUAUGUCUCAGUGUUUGUUAUCUCUUGUUCUAUUUUGGUAGCAUGUUAUUCAUUCAUUAUCUGUGUAUUUUUUUCUUCACAUAAUGUAAGUAGGACUGCAACAACUGCCAUCUCAUAUAAUGGCUUUGCAUAGAUGUGUUUGUUUGACAGACAAAAGUCACAUUAUCAUGAUACUAAAUUAAAAAUUUAAUUGUG